ACGUAACAAGCAGACAACUUUCUUUGUUUCACGGUCCCAACCUGGAUUCUCAAGGCAGAGCCACUCCUGCCACAGAUCCGGCACUGGGAAAAUUCUCGAUCAAACGAUUGGGUCAGAUUAAGCUAAGCGUUUUCCUUUAUGGGUACCACUCAAAAUAAUGAAAAUUAGCGAGAAUCUUUGGAUUUUGAGGGCUAUAGAUGGAUAAGUCUAUGGUGCUGUGAGAAGAGGUUACGAGAGGAGGAGAGAUUUUGGCAUCAAAAGCUUUGAUUUUCUGAGCGGGGUUUCCUCCGUAGACGAUGGUUAAGGGUUGUUUGAUGGCUGCAAAUGGGCACCCUCCUGGUCCUGGGCUAGUCUUUUAUCAAGAGCAGACUAGGGUCUUCAAGGACUGCCAGCCCUAUUUUCCAAGUCAGGGAGCAAGACAUGAGAUAAAAAGACCAAGCUCUCUUAGUCUGAGGCCAUGUCAGCACGAUGAAUCAUGGAAACCCAUGAGUGGAUACUAUGAGCAUAACCAGUUUGCCAAGAUUGACUCAACAGCUGGAUGGCCUUUACUCAUUGAUGUGGAAGACACUUGCUUGGACUCGUUACUCUUUAGCUCUGGCAUAGCUGAACAAUGUACAAAACAUGAGAAAAUCUUGAAGUUUCUCACAUCUGGAUCAAGUGAAAUAGAAAAAGGUGGAUUGGAUUUAUCUUUACUAUCUGACUUGAUGGAUCUUCAGGCAUUGACAUUGGAUGUGAGUCAACAGCCCUGCGCUUCUCUCAUAUAUCCAAGGGGUAAAUGUGAUGCCCCAAAGCCUUUAGUGGAUUUUAUGGGAGACAUGGCCCGUAGUUCUAAAAUUACAGUUCAUCCAGAUGGUCGAUUAUUGUUCACUGGCAAUGGGUCAGAGAUGAAGGAUAUUCUCUCGAUUGUUGCUGAGUUUUACUUGACAAAAAACUCAACUAAGUGGACAAAGCAGUCGGUGCUUAUCCCCCAUUUUAGCUGGCCUAAUACAAGUGAGGCACAGGCUAAUAUUCUUAGUUCUUCUUUGAAGGUUAAAGAUGUGACAGCUACACCCUUGAAGAGUCCUGAGAAAAUCAAGCUCAAGCCAUCAUCAAAGAAGAGGAAUAGCAGGAAAGGUGGUAGAGAGAGGGAUCUGUACAAAAGGAAUUACUUCCAUGCGUGUGAGAGCCUUCUGUCUUUGAUGAUGGACAAGAAGCAACAUGGCAAAACAGCAAUACUGUCACUAAAGAAAUCUGGCCCUGAGCUCCCUGCGCUCUUGACCAAAUUCUCUGCCGGCAUUGCUGGGACUGGCCUUGCUGUUAUUUUCUCUGUUGUCUGUAAAGUAGCUUGUGGGAGGGUUCCUUUUUGUGCAUCUAAACUCUUUAGCACUGGAUUUGGAUUUGGGUUGGUCUGGCUUUCUUGGGCUGUGAAUAGACUGAGGAACACAAUUGUCAAUAUGAGCAAGAAUGCAAGCAAGUUGGGUCUGAAGGAUGAAGAAAUGCUGAGGAUUGUGGAUAAAAGCUUGAAAGACAUAUACUUUAGUGCUGCAACAUUGAUGGCGAUAGCUGUGCUGAAGCUUGCAUGAGCGUGGACUGGCUGUUAUGCAAUAUCGUAUAGAAGCUGAGGGUUUGCAUGACAUUAGAAGCUGAUGACUAUAACUGUAAAUGAUGUAGCUAACAGUUAUACUUAGGGAUGAUUAGAGGGCUCAAGCUUGUUGCACUUGCAAGGAUGUCUCGGAUUGGCAGACUCGCGUCAUACCAGGUAAGAGACGAGAAAUCUUACCCUUGGGCAUGUAUCUUGGCUGUGUUGGGUAGGAUUCUUCAAGCAGUCAGGUCCUUGACAUGACGUUGAGCUCCGAUGAGACUGAGUGGUGCCCCAUUGUCGGUUAAGCUUUUUUCUUUUUUUUUUUUUUCAAUAAGUGAACAAAUAAAUGUAAACAUGUUACACAAAUUUUUGCAUGGAUUGGAAACUAUCUUUGUUGCAGUAAUUUUGCCUUUAAAUAAGUUAGAAGCUCGUGGUAUGUUCUUUCAA